AUGGGUUGGUCUUCAAAGAAUUAUACUAUUGUGAUCUCAUUCCUUGGUUUCAUAAUUUGUCAUGGCCUUGCUCUCUCAAUCAGUUUAUACGAUCAGGAAUGCGUAUCCGAGCACGUUCUACAUGAUGGUGACACUAUUUCUGGGAACUUUGUAGUCAUUGACUAUGAUAUUUUUUGGAGCUCAGACCAUCCGGGAAUUGAUUUCACUGUGACAUCUCCAGGAGGGAAUUUGGCGUACUCUUUGAAUGGAACAUCAGGGGACAAAUUUCAGUUCAAAGCCUCACAAAAUGGAAUAUACAAAUUUUGCUUUCACAACCCUGCUUCAACGCCAGAGACUGUAUCUUUCUACAUUCAUGUUGGCCACAUCCCGAACGAACAUGACUUAGCUAAAGAUGAACAUUUGGAUCCCAUUAAUGUGAAGAUCGCCGAGUUGAGAGAAGCACUAGAGUCUAUCAUAUCAGAACAAAAGUACUUGAAAGCACGUGAUGCUAGGCAUCGACACACAAACGAAAGCACCAGAAAGCGUGUUGUCUUCUACACAAUCUUGGAGUAUGUUUUGUUCGCUGCUACAAGUUUAUUACAAGUGGUAUACAUUCGACGUCUGUUCAGCAAAUCAUUUGCUUACAACCGAGUGUAGGCUUCAUAAUGAAUCAUAAUUGAACUCCUUUGAUUAUUUUAUUAAUUUAUUCUUCUU